AUAACUGGAUGAAAAAAUAGAAGUCAUUGACGCCUUUUGAAAUUGUGUAUGAACAUCCAACUUACUUUAUGAAAGCAUCUCAAAAUGACCACGCAGAAAUUGCUAUGCAAUGACGCAGAAGAAGCACCAGCACAAUAAUCAUGGACGACGACCAGGACUCAUGACACCUUUUUAUAGAUAUUGUUUGGAUUGGAGGUGUCGGACAGAGAGGGAAGGGAAGGGAUGGGGACGGAUGGCAAGGGAGGGGGAGCGAGGGGGCACUGUCUCCUCCCUCCUGCGUGGCCUGGGUUCGACGCAACCCGGCACGGCCUGGGUUCGACGCAACCCAAGCGUGGCCUGGGUUCGACGCAACCCCGCACCGCCUGGGUUCGACGCAACCAGCACCGCCUGGGUUAGAAGCAACCCAGGCGUCGCCUGGGUUCGACGCAACUCAGCACGCCUGGGUUCGACGCAACCCGGCACACCUAGGUUCGGUGGAACCCAGCAUGCCUGGGUUCCACCAAAGACCCAGCCCUGAUUCCAAAAAAAAAAAAGAAAUCUGUUUGGGUUUUGUUGUUUGAUGAUCUAUUUUCUUUGUUUGGGUUUUGUUGUUUGAUGAUAUGAGAAAUUCAUUGAUGAAGAAGGCAAGGCAGCCAUUGGGUUUUUGCAGGUGGAUGAAGAUGAGGAAGGCAUAGGUGCUGGGUUCGAUUUCGAACC